UCCAGCCAUGCUGCUGGACCGACUUCCUGUUUGGCUGACUGCAGUUGUCUAUGGGUUCCUACUUCUCCCACUCCGGAUACAAAGCCAGGACCCAGCCAGCCCCAUCAGGACCACACACACCGGGCAGGUGCGGGGCAGCCUCGUCCAUAUGAAGGACACCAAUGUGGGAGUCCACACCUUCCUGGGAAUUCCCUUUGCCAAGCCACCUGUAGGACCACUGCGCUUUGCCCCUCCAGAGCCCCCUGAAUCUUGGAGUGGUGUGAGGGAUGGCACCUCCCACCCAGCCAUGUGUCUGCAAAAUGCUGGUGUAAUGAAUACAAUGCUUCUGGUGAUCUUGAAGCUAGAUAUACCGCCCUUCUCCACCUCUGAAGACUGCCUUUAUCUCAACAUCUAUUCGCCUGCCAGUGCCCACGAGGGCUCUAACCUGCCUGUGAUGGUGUGGAUCCAUGGUGGGGGAUUGACUUCAGGUAUGGCUGCCAUGUUUGAUGGAUCCGUGCUGGCAGCCACUGAGGAUGUGGUGGUGGUCGCUAUCCAGUACCGCCUGGGAGUCCCGGGCUUCUUCAGCACUGGAGACCAGCAUGCCACUGGCAACUGGGGCUUCCUGGACCAAGUGGCCGCCCUACGCUGGGUCCAGCAGAACAUCGCUCACUUUGGAGGAAAUCCCAAUCUUGUCACCAUUUUUGGUGAGUCUGCAGGUGGCAUGAGCGUGUCCUUACAUGUCCUGUCACCCGUGUCUCAAGGACUCUUCCAUGGGGCCGUCAUGCAGAGUGGAGUGGCCCUGGCACCUGGCUUAAUCCCCAGCUCCUUGGAGGAGAUUGUCAAGAUGGUGGCCAACAAGUCUGCCUGUGAGCAGGUGGAUUCAGAGGCCCUGGUGCACUGCCUGAGGGACAAGAGUGAAGAGGAAAUGCUGGCUAUUACUGAGUCCAUCACGGGUUUUGCUGCUGUGGUGGAUGGGGCCUUUCUACCCAGGCACCCCAAGGAGCUGCUGACCUCUGGUGACUUCCACCCUGUCCCUAGCAUCAUUGGUGUCAACAAUGAUGAGUAUGGCUGGCUCCUCCCCAUGGUGAGACUUAGUUCCAAUUCAUUAGGAAUAAAUAGAAAGACCUUGCCAGCGGUUAUGAAGAACGCGGUAGGACUCAUGAAUUUGCCUGCUGAGUGUGCUGAUCUGCUGAUGGAAGAGUACAUGGGGGAGACUGAGGAUCCUCAAACCCUCCAAGCCCAGUUCCAAGAGAUGAUGGGGGACUUCAUGUUCGUGAUGCCUGCACUGCAAGUAGCACAUUUUCAGCGUUCCCAUGCUUCUGUCUACUUCUAUGAGUUCCAACAUCCUCACGGCCUCGUACAGAGCCUAAAGCUCCCGCAUGUGAGGGCUGACCACGGUGAUGAGAUUGACUUUGUCUUUGGGUCUUCCUCUUGCGGCAGCAGCCCUGACUUUUCUGAGGAGGAGGAGCUCCUGAGCAGGAGGAUGAUGAAGUACUGGGCCAACUUUGCCCGAAAUGGGAACCCUAACAGCGAGGACCUGCUCCACUGGCCCAUGUCUGACCAGGAAGAGCAAUACCUCCAGCUGGACCUCCAUCCUGCAGUGGGCCAGGCCCUGAAGGCCUCCAGGCUGAAGUUCUGGACCAAGACCCUGCCCCAGAAGAUCCAGGAGCUCAAGGGAUCUGAGGAGAAGCACCUAACCCUACAGUGAUCUAUGCAAGAAGGAAUGGGUUUGAGUGCAGAUCAG